AUGCCGCACGCUGGAUACUUGUGCGUCCUGCGCGGCAUCCUCCACCAUCCCAUGUUUGCGCGGUUCUGGGCCCUGCAGCUGGAGCAAGACACGCAGCUUACUAGGAGAGCCACGGAGGACCAGCGUAGAGAGGCCGCGGCCGCUGCUGCUCUGGUGGCCGCAAAGGCCGAGCAGCAGCACUCUGGCGGACCUGUACACGGCGGCACCGUCGAUGCGCGUGACUGCCGUCGUGGCGUCCCUCAUGCGCAACUACAAGAGCGAGUUCAGAGCGCUGAAGCAUCCGCCGACGGAGACCAUAUACCUGGCAGCGCGCGCGAGCAGCAGCUCCGCGUAUUUGAAGCGGGUGCUGGAACAGGCCGAGGAAGCCGGCGUCGAUGUUUCUUCGACCUAUUUGAAGACCUGGAACGCUCUCAAGACGGCCCGUUCAACGGAAUGCGACCGGACGGUGUUGCUGUCAGCGGCGAGGGGUACUGA